AGCACGGAAUAGAACCAAAAAACUGUGGACUCGUAGUUCGCGCACGAAUUAUGGUCACAGAGGCGCUUCAAAAUAAAGUAACAACUUUAUUGCGGCCAUAGCUGGUCUCAGGCUUCUGUUUGGCGGUAGGAUCACGCCGGCGUGAAUGUUUUUAGGUUUUAGGUUAAUGUCUGAUAUCAUCUUCCACGUGACGUAGAGGUUAGAACUCCUGAAUUAUUUACACUGCUUUACGCGUUUACUAAAUGGGUCGUAAAGCAAAAUUUGACGGAAGCCAGGCCCCGAAGGGGCCCGGAAGAAAGGCGAGGAAACAAAGUGAUCCCACCUUUCCAAAGGAAGUUUUGGUCAAGGAAAUUACCAAAUUGAGUCAUCGGCAGAAGCAAAGGAUGAAAAAGAGGUUACUAAAAAAUCCAAAGCUGAAAGAAAAUACAAAAAAGUUAUUCAAAAAAGAAACUAAUCCUGAAGAAGAACAGAUUCAGUUGAAAAAGGUUUCUAAGCUACAAAAUAAAGUAAAAGAAAGUAAGAAGAAGGAAAUGAAACAAAAAAUGAAAACUAUUAUAGGAAACGACAAUAACGACAAUACAGAGAUUUAUUCUAAGGUUUCCAAGCCACAAAAUAAAAUAAAGGAAAGUAAAAAGAAAAAGGAAAUAAAACAAAAAGUCAAAGUUAAUGUAGGAAAGGAUAAUAAUGACAAUAUGCAUUCUGAUAAGAUCUCCAAGCCACAAAAUAGAGCAAAAGAAAGUAGAAAGAAAAAAGAAAUGAAACAAAAAGUCAAAAUUAAAGUAGAAAAUGAUAGUAAUGAUAAUAUGGAGAUUCAUUCUGAUAAAGUUUCCAAGGCAAAAAAUAAAGUGAAAGAAAGUAAAAAGAGAAAGAGAACAAAACAAAAAACUAUAACCAAUAACGUAGGAAGUGGUAGUAAUAAUGAUUUCAUAUGUAAUAUGGAUUUUAAUAACGACGAAGAUGAUCAAGUUGAACAGGAUGAAGAAGAUAUGAGUGAUGAUGAGUUGCUUUCCGUAACAAACUCCCGAAAGAAGUUAAAGAAAGCAAAACAGAAAUUCAUAACGAAUACUGCAGGAAGUGAUAGUGAUAUAGAAAAUAAUAUAGCAGUCAGUGAUGAGGAAGAAUCUGGCGAUGAAGAUAUGGAGCAAGAUGAGGAUGACAGUAACAGCGAUGACGAUUUACUUCCCGUUGAAAAGGCUAGUAAGAAAUUGGUAAAGGAAAAGCAGAAGGAAGAGAAGCUCGCGCAGAAAGAAAUGGAUAGUAUGAUGUCUCAGCAAAGUGUAUUCUCUUUUCCAACCGAAGAAGAACUUGCCAGUGUCACCAACUUGAAAGAUAUUCAGCAACGAAUACGAGACGUUGUUAUGGUGUUAUCGGAUUUCAAGAGAUUACGCGAUGGAAGUAGGUCGCGUUCUGAUUAUACCGAAUUACUCCAACGAGAUUUGUGUACAUAUUACAGUUACAAUGACUUUCUAAUGCUGAAACUGAUACAAAUGUUCCCACUGGACGAGUUAUUGGAGUACUUAGAAGCGAGCGAAGUGCAAAGACCCAUGACUAUUCGCACUAACACUCUGAAAACGCGACGUCGCGACCUGGCGGAGGCUUUGAUCAACAGGGGAGUUAAUCUCGAUCCAUUAGGAAAAUGGACCAAAAUCGGUUUGGUGGUGUAUUCGUCGCAAGUGCCUAUGGGCGCGACGCCCGAGUAUCUGGCGGGGCAUUACAUUAUACAGGGUGCUUCUAGCUUCUUGCCCGUCGAGUCGUUAGAUCCAAGGGAGAAUGAAAGAAUCCUCGACAUGUGCGCCGCGCCAGGUGGUAAAGCCUCGCACAUCGCUGCCGUCAUGAAGAAUAGCGGGGUACUGUUCGCGAACGACGUGAAUCAGGAUCGGUUGAAGGCCGUCGUUGGUAAUUUCCACAGGCUCGGUAUCGUCAAUUCCAUAGUCUGCAGUUAUGACGGAAGGAAAUUCCCCGCGGUUAUGAAAGGCUUCGACAGGGUUUUGUUGGACGCCCCGUGCACAGGCACGGGAGUGGUGGCGAAAGAUCCUAGUGUGAAGACGAAUAAAGACGAGGUGGAUAUUCAGCGUUGCUGCACGUUGCAGAGAGAAUUGUUGUUGGCCGCGAUAGACUGCGUUAACGCGCGUUCGGAAACCGGCGGUAUCAUCGUUUACUCGACUUGCUCGAUCCUCCCGGAGGAGAACGAAUGGAUUAUCGAUUAUGCGCUUAAAAAGCGCGACGUCAAGCUACUGCCCACGGGCCUGAAAUUCGGGACCGAUGGUUUCACGAGUUAUCGGCAACACCGAUUUCACCCUUCGCUGAAGUUGACCAAGCGAUUUUAUCCCCAUGUACAUAAUAUGGAUGGCUUUUUCGUGGCGAAACUGAAAAAAUUCUCCAAUAUUAUUCCCAAUCAAAGGAAUGUAAACGAAGAAACGUCUGAUUAAAAUUUUUAAUAGACUUUU